GACUUGUUGUGGCGAUUACCUAAGUAUUCAUCUGACGAUGUUGUACCUGAAAGGCGUCAGAUGCUAAAAGCAGCAGUUCCUAUUUUUUAUUACUCUUAACUGAAAAUAGAUUAGGUUGUUUGAGGAUAUUGGGGGUCGCGUUCGUUUCAUUGGCUCAGCCAUUCUUGUAUGGUAUCCCCUUGAUAAACGAAUUGUCCGAACUUCCUUUUUCUAUCCUUUGGUGGCUGAGGAUUCCUUGUUGACUCGCUACAAGGCGACAAUGAUCGACAUCCAUUCGGCGCGCGCCUGCAGGCUGCUGACAGUGUACGCCGUGAAUGAGCAACGUUGCUUCAGAAAGGGGCCCUCUCUAUAUAUUAACAUGAAGGAAUUCCAGGUAAGCUUUGGUCGGCAUUUUGUUGCUGGCAAUUCAUUCUUUUAUUUGCGGGCAUAAUAUUUCAUAUAGUCAGUCGUUAAAAUGACGAAAAUAUCCAUUAUUGCAGCGGUUGUUGGGUUUGCUUCAAUUGUUUCUGCGUUAGAUCUCAAUGUAGACGAUCAGGCUUCCAUUAAAGACAUUGCGGCCAAAGUUGCGAAGGGUCUUUAUGUUUAUCAUGACCCUAGCUCAACUGCGGGACAGUUCAAACAACCACAACCGUGGUUUUGGUGGCUUUCGGGAUCUGCAUGGAAUGGAUUGAUGGACUACACCGUUUACACGGGCGAUACCACAUACAAAGCCGAUCUCCUAGACUCUCUUUCGAAGAACCUCGGUCCCAAUUUUGACUUCGUCCCACCCGAGCAGAAGAACUACGAGGCGAAUGACGAUCAGGUUUACUGGGUAUACAAUGCGCUUACUGCUAUGGAAUAUGGCUUCGAAGCCUUACCAUGUGCAGCAUCCACAACUGGUGCCGCCGAUGAUUGCGCCAACUCUUGGCAGGCCAUCGGCACACAUGCUUUCGAAGAUUUCGUGACACGGUGGAAUAAAGAUAGCGCGACUUGCGGUGGUGGACUUAAGUGGCAAUAUACCGAGACGGCCGACGGAUAUUACUAUAAAAACUCCGUAUCCAAUGGUGGAUUCUUCCAGACUGCAGCUCGGCUUGCGCGGCACACUGGAAACCAGACUUUCGGCGACUGGGCUACCAAAGUCUGGGAUUGGUCCACGAGCGUCGGUUUUGUCAGUGCCGAUUUCCACGUUUUCGACGGUGCAGGUGACGACAAGGGCGCGAACUGUACUGGGAUAAAUCAGGACGAAUGGACCUAUAACAUCGCAACAUACCUCCACGGCGCUGCGCAUAUGUACAACUUCACUGGCGGUGAUGCGACUUGGGAGUCAAGAGUGCAAGGUCUAGUCAAGGCAGCACAGAGCAAAUUCUUCACUCCUGAUCCCAACGCGACCAACAUAAUGUUUGAGCAAAAGUGCGAACCGGACUCGUCGUGCAACAUUGACCAAACUAGCUUCAAGGCUAGUUUGUCACGUUGGCUAGGGAAGACUGCAGUCUUGGUCCCUAGCAUGAAGACGGAUAUUGAGGCCUUGCUUCAGGCAAGUGCCACGGGAGCUGCAUCAAGUUGUAGUGGUUAUGACAACUCUACAUGCGGUGUACAAUGGUACACUGGUGGUUUUGAUGGUCAAUCUGACCUGGGUGUCGAGCUUAGUGCGCUUGAGACUAUUCAAAGUCUACUAGCAUCAAGCGCGCCGCAGCUAGCAGUCAAGUCUUAAUUGUAUUAAUUAUACACUAAUUGUAUAUAAUCUUUAGAUACACUGUAAGUUUGCAGAUCUUAUUGUAUAUAUUCAUUACAUAUGUUCAUAUAAAAUAUCGUUCCAUAUCAUCA